AUGUUCGAGCUGGAUGACCCACGGGAAAAGCUAAGACUACUGGAAACACCAGUGAAGCUGGUCGAGAAUCCAGGCAACAUCGGGUCAGGCCUUAAGCUAUCCAAAGAUUCUGGCGGUUCGGGAGAGGGCGGUGAAAACGGCGUCGACGCCGGCAGCGGAGAAAACGUCGCUCUGGCGAUGACCACCCUCGGUCAGCUGAAAAUCGCGUCCAAGAAAAGUUGCAUCGACCGAGCGGAUGCGGAUCAACGUGAAACAUGGUCCGGCAAGGUGGAUUUCCUACUGUCGGUGAUCGGGUUUGCUGUCGAUUUGGCCAACGUCUGGAGGUUUCCGUAUCUCUGCUACAAAAAUGGAGGCGGCGCUUUCCUAGUUCCCUACAUAGUGAUGCUCCUGGUUGGUGGAAUUCCUCUAUUCUACAUGGAGCUAGCAUUAGGUCAGUUCAACAGAAAAGGUGCCAUUACUUGCUGGGGUCGACUGGUUCCUCUCUUCAAAGGUAUUGGCUAUGCGGUCGUACUUAUUGCCUUCUACGUUGACUUUUACUAUAAUGUCAUCAUUGCCUGGUCCUUGCGAUUCUUUUUCGCAUCCUUUACGAGUCACCUGCCCUGGAAGCUGUGCGAUAACACAUGGAAUACAAUAUUUUGCAAAACAUUCGAAUUUGGUGGUCCGAAUCGGACCAUAGCAGCUGCAACUGAUGCCUUUAACGGUACGCUGACCAACGUCACCACCGUGGUUAUCAACGAAACAAGAUUUGCAUCGGCUGCUUCGGAGUAUUUCAAUCGCUACAUCCUGGAGCUGGACAAGAGUGAUGGAAUUCACGAUCUUGGCACCAUAAAAUGGGACAUGGCACUUUGCCUGCUGGCCGUCUAUCUGAUUUGUUACUUUUCACUAUGGAAGGGAAUCAGUACUUCCGGGAAGGUCGUCUGGUUCACAGCCUUAUUCCCAUACGCCGUACUACUAAUUCUGUUGAUAAGAGGCAUUACCCUGCCCGGAUCGGCAACUGGUAUUCAGUACUAUCUGAGCCCAAACUUCGACGUGAUAUACAAACCGGAGGUGUGGGUUGAUGCUGCAACACAGGUUUUCUUUUCGCUGGGACCGGGUUUCGGAGUGCUGCUAGCGUAUGCUUCCUACAAUAAAUAUCACAACAAUGUCUAUAAGGAUGCACUAUUAACCAGUUGCAUAAAUUCAGCAACCAGUUUUAUUGCUGGAUUCGUGAUUUUCUCGGUGCUUGGAUAUAUGGCACAUGCAAGUGGACAAAACAUCGAAGCUGUUGCUACUGAAGGACCGGGACUGGUAUUCGUGGUGUACCCAGCAGCGAUUGCCACCAUGCCUGGCAGUACCUUUUGGGCGUUGAUCUUUUUCAUGAUGCUGCUAACGUUGGGAUUGGACAGUUCGUUUGGUGGAUCGGAAGCGAUCAUCACGGCUUUGAGUGAUGAGUUCCCAAAAAUUGGACGAAAUCGAGAGAUUUUUGUCGCUUGCUUGUUUACCUUAUACUUCUUUGUUGGGUUGGCUAGCUGUACUCAAGGAGGAUUCUAUUUCUUCCAACUUCUGGAUCGAUAUGCAGCAGGCUACUCGAUAUUGAUUGCGGUUCUUUUUGAGUCCAUUGCCGUUUCAUGGAUAUAUGGGACACAGCGAUUCUGCGACGACAUUCGGGACAUGAUUGGUUUUGCUCCCGGCGUCUACUGGCGGGUUUGUUGGAAGUUUGUCGCACCUCUAUUUCUGCUGUUCAUCAUCAUCUACGGUCUGAUCGGAUACGAACCGUUAAGUUACGAAGAUUACGUUUAUCCACCGUGGGCAAACGUGCUGGGUUGGUGUAUCGCCGGUUCAUCCAUGAUCAUGAUACCGCUGAUGGCGUUCUACAAGUUGGUUGUGACUCCGGGAUCCUUCCGACAGCGACUGAAGACACUGACUACGCCCUGGCGUGACCAGCAACUGGCCGUUAAUGGAGUUACGACGGAACCCGCGCAAGUUCGGCUUACCAACUCAGACGAAGGCGAGGAGGUUUGAGUGCAAACAUUUUCGCUAAAGUUUGAUAUCU